AUGAUGGGCCCUUCUACUAUACGUGGGGCUCUUGCAUCCCUUCUUCUGAUAUCGCCUGUCCUCGCUCACGGCGACCAUUCGCAUGUCCCCGAAGGCUCCGCCUCCUCCGAAGACCCGAUUGACUCGACAUUAUGGGUUCAUAUGAUACUUAUGGGGCUGGCCUUUGGGAUCAUUUUCCCGCUGGGCAUGGUUCUCGGUAUCGUCCGCUCACGAUGGCACGUCCCUGUCCAAAUAAUUGGAGCCGCUAUUGCGCUCGUCGCAUAUUUCCUCGGCCAUGCACACAAGGGCCGCCAGUUCGCUAAGAACGCCCACGCCAGGUUCGCAAAUAUCCUGAUGUUCAUCCUGGCCGGACAGGUGGCGCUGGGUGUCUAUCUGAAGCUACAUAUCGAAAGGGGAAUUCAUGGCCGGAUCCGCCGGAUUAUCGUCAUUCUGCACGGCAUCCUCGGAAAGGCGAUGCCGAUUGUCAGUUGGGUGCAGAUGCUCUUUGGAGGUAUUGCUGCGCUGGGCUUCUGCCGUGAUGACCAUCUCGGACAGUGCUUGGCCCACUUCAUUAUGGGCAGCGCCUUCAUCGCGUACGGUAUCCUGCUUACCAUCCUCCUCCUCGUUGGACAAUAUUGGUUGCGCCGCACCGGCCGGAGUCAAGAAUUUUUCGAUUCCCUGGUCAUCGCUGCCUGGGGUUGUGUCAAUACGUUUACGGAGCAUCGGUGGGGCGGACCGUGGGUUCACAACGACCUGCAGCAUACUACUAUGGGAAUUGUCUGGUGGUGCGCUGGCUUGUUGGGUAUCUGGUUGAGCCGGAAGCGAAAUGGCCGACCUAAGAGGAACCUCAUCCCCGCGAUUGUCAUACUUUUGACAGGUUACGCCAUGUCCGGCCACCCGCAGCACUCGAUGAUCAGCACUAUGAUUCAUACCAUCUUCGGAUAUACUUUGAUGGCAGCUGGUCUCACCAGGAUCAUCGAAAUCUCCUUCGUUCUGAGGGACAAGAGUACCCUAAGCGCGGAUGGUACCGACCCGAACAGCUUCCAGUACCUGACGCCUUUCCUACUAUACGCCUCGGGCUUCCUCUUCAUGGGCGCCACUGAGGAGCAAAUGCAACUCCUCGAAGAUGCCGGAGUCACACACGUUUCCUACGUGCUCAUCCUUUACAGCAUCGCCUUUAUCCUCUUCCUCUUCGUCAACAUCCUCCUUCAUAUCUACGCCGUCCACGCAUGGCCCGAAACCACACAACCGCCAACCCACUCGCGCUCUUCCAGCAUCGAAGACGAUGAUGCCGGUGCAGGGCCCUCAAACUCAAAGCCCCAGCGCUCCCGCCCCAACGGCGCCUACAUGAACGGCCACGCACGCUCACCCUCGGAGGCCCAGCGCAUCCAGGAUGCCGAGACCUUCGAGCUCCAGGGCCUGAUCUCCGAUGAGGAUGACGAUGCUAAGUCGAUCGAUCUUCGGGACGGGAGAUUAGGGCCGAAGAAACUCGAGGAUGAAGAGAGUGCGCCGCUCUUUGGAAAGGAGCGGGAGUAG